GCGCCGCUCACCUACAGUCGAGUCGCUGCCUCCCCGCCGGCAACACCCCGCCGAAGCCUCCCGAGCCCGCCGACAGAGAGAGAGAGAGGCGAACGGACCGAGCGAGUACAAGUCGUGACAGCGGCGCGAGCAGAGAGAGCAGACGAGCAGACUCGGUGGUGCCGCUCUACACUCCCGAAACCAUGGCCCGGCACAGCAGCAGCCCCAGUCUUUGGACGCGCGCCCAGGCCGGCGUGCUAUUGGUCGCCGUGCUCGUCCUCAGCGUCCCGCACCAGGCCGAGUCCCUGCCCGCCGACGCCGCCCUGCCCGGCACCGACGCCUCCCCAGCCCCGGCCAUGCAGACCAUGGCCGCCGCACCCGCAGCCCGCGCCCAGGAGGCGGACCCGCAGGACGUGGCCAGCUUCUUCCCCGGCAUCAAGGGGGACCUGACCAAGCUCACCUGGGCGCACGCCGUCAACUCCAGGGACCUCCUCGCCAAGAGCCUCAACGACAGCGGCAUCAUGAUGCUGGAGGCUGACGUCGUCCUCGGCACCACGCCCGAGAGCCCCAACCAGGUGCCCGUCAUGGGCCACCCGCCCAUGAACACGUCGGACCUGUCGCUGCAGGAGUUCCUGCGCAGCGUCGUCACGCACAACACGGACAACAACGCCACGAGGAAGGGCGUCAAGCUGGACUUCAAGAGCAUCGGCGUGUACGAGAAGGCCAUCGACAGCCUCAAGCAGAACUUCGCAGGGGUACCCGACUUCCCCGUGUGGCUCAACGCGGACAUCCUCCCCGGGCCCGUGAACUCGACCAACACCCCCGUGGACGCCGCGCGCUUCCUGGCCAAGGCCAAGGCCGAGUACCCUUACCUCAUGCUCUCCCUGGGCUGGACGACGCGCUGGGGCAAGGCCCUGGGCAACGAGACGGUGCCCACGGCCUUCGCCAAGUACAACGAGCAGACCGUCAAGAGCAUGACGGACGCCCUGGACGCAGCUCAGAUCACCCAGCCCAUCACGUACGCCGUGCGCGCCGCGUUUGUCGCCAACUCGCUCGACGAGCUCAAGAUGCUGCUCAAUGAAACUCACCAGGCUUCAGGUAAGGCGACGCUUACCGUCUGGAGCAGCGACGAGACCGACAUCGUGAACGUCGCGCAGCUCAAGAACAACAUCCUGGCGAUCGGCAAGGACCGCGUGUUCCUCGACGUCGGCGAGGAGCUUGCCAAGCAGCUUGACCUGGCCAGCUCUGCUCUCAGCACUUGCGCCUCCGUGGUCACAACUCUCUUGGCCUGCGCCAUGGUUCUCUUCCGCGCGCUCUAAGCCGCACGGUAGUCCGUGCCCAUAUGGGCCGUGCCGAGCCGCUCUGCCAGUCUCCCUUUGGAGUGCGUCUUUACCUCUCCCAUACGAUAUGUGGAAGGGAGCGGGUAAAUACCUUCACUUCUAAAGAGUCUGAUUUUAUGUAAAAAAAAAAUAUGCGUUAAAUCCUUUUGUCCAAGAACAGACAUAUCGAUGAAAACCAUGAGCGACUAGCGUUGUCGCAAUGAUAAUUGGCUAUGACUUUUAGAAUAUCAUUUGAUGAAUCGUGUUGACUGAUAAGUUAUUAACGCAGUGUGUUUAAGAAGCAACGACACACUUCUACUAGAUACUUAAAUAAUUAAGCCGCGCGCUUAAAACACUGAAUGAUGUUUCCGAACUAGCAGACCCUAUUUAAUACCAUGCUACAUUUUUGAAAGGACAAAGUGAUAAGUAGACAGAAUUUUAUCUUUUACACGUUUGCCGCUCGUCUUCGUAGCUCGUAUAAAAUAAGGCAACCUUUCUUUCUUGAAAUGGAAACUAAGUACUUAAGUUGUGAACUGUCAGUCAGCAAAGGAAACUGGUGCCAUUAGAUUGUUAAAUCAACCACUACCAUGAUACAUAACAGUUUCGUGUAGUAUUACAGUAUUAAGGUGUGCACGCAUCGGCCACAGUUCUCUUUGUGGUUGAGGCAAUAGCCGUUAUUGCUUUAGUUUUCUAGUUAUCUUUUAAUUUGGGAUCCUCGCUCGGCCAUACUUAUCCAUUAAGUCUUAAAGUUUUUUUUCACUAUUUUAAUGACUAGUCAUUCACUUUCUAUCUCACGGCAUACUGUGCUUACGGCAAAUAUUAUUGCAUCAAUAUAUGUAACCAUUCCGGCGAUUUUGUGAUAAAGAUUUUUUUUUGAGUUAGCGGUCACGUAGCGUGACCAUCGCAUAUGUGACUGUGUUUUGUGUGAAGGUUAAAUACAACAAUAAACAGUGAAACCUAUGAAAAUCCCGA